GGGAAGGUGGAGAGCCACAGCCGGCCGAGACUUUAAAUCGCCUUCAUUUCCCCCAAAUCCUUCCUUUUCCUCUCCUCCCCCAGGCCGGCGGGGAGGCAGCUUUCACCGCCCUCCGCGCGCUUUCGCCCGGCGUUGCUCUGCCUCCGGGGGCCGCCAGCAGCCCGCCUCCAAAAGUUUGAUUACCUCUCUCUCUCUUUUUCCUGCUUCUUCUUCCUUUUUGGUGGAAGCAGAAAAAGAGCGAGGCAGGGGCGAGCGCGGCGCCCGGACUCCUGGGACCAUGGGCCUGGCGCGGGCGCCUGCGGGGCCCCAGCCGCGCUGCCUGUCUGCUCCGGCGCCCCUGGGCGCGGGGCUGCGCUGGGGGCGCGGGGGCCGCGCGCUCUGAGCCGGCCUGGCGCGGCGGGGCGGGGGGCUGGCGGCCCCAUGGGGCGCGCCCACACUUGCCCCCCGGGCUCGGGAGCAUGAAGUAGGGUCCUGCCAUGGGAGCGGGAUCGGCGCGGGGGUCUCGAGGCACAGAGACGGCGGCGGUGCGUGGGGGGGGGUUUCUCUUCUCCUGGAUCGUAGUCUCGUUUGCUUGUCAACUGGCCUCCACCCAAGGAGUUCCUGAAGAUGUGGACGUCCUCCAGCGACUGGGCCUCAGCUGGACAAAGGUCGGGGCCGGCUGGAGCCCCGCACCCAUGGGGGUCAUUCCGUUCCAGUCGGGCUUCAUCUUUACGCAGCGGGCCCGGCUCCAGGCCCCUACAGCUGCUGUCAUUCCUGCCACCCUGGGCACAGAGCUGGCGCUGGUGCUAAGUCUCUGCUCCCACCGGGUGAACCAUGCCUUCCUCUUCGCCGUCCGCAGCCGGAAGCACAAGCUGCAGCUGGGCCUGCAGUUCCUCCCCGGCAAGACGGUCGUCCAUCUGGGGCCCAGGCGCUCCGUGGCCUUCGACCUUGACAUGCAUGAUGGGCGCUGGCACCACCUGGCCCUCGAGCUCCGCAGCCGCACAGUCACUCUGGUGACGGCCUGUGGGCAGCGCCGAGUGCCUGUCCCACUGCCUUUCCACAGGGACCCCAUACUUGACCCGGAGGGCUCCUUCCUCUUUGGGAAGAUGAGCCCGCAUGCGGUCCAGUUUGAAGGUGCUCUGUGCCAGUUCAGUAUCCACCCCGUGACGCGGGUCGCUCACGAUUACUGUACCCACCUGAGAAAGCAGUGUGUCCAGGCUGACACAUACCGGCCCCUGCUGGGACCCCUUCUACCCCAAGACUCUGGCAGAACCUUCACCUUCCGUACUAACCUUGCCCUGCAAGGGCUAGAGAACUUGACCACUGCCACACCCAUCCUGUCUCAGCCAGCAGGCAGGGGGCCCAGGGUGACUGUGGCGCUCACCAUGCCCCCCAAGCCCCUAAGGACUAGCCCUACAGCCCUUCACCAGCAUAUUGCAGCGGGAAGUCCAGCACAGCCCCCACUGCCACCUGCUAAGCUGUUAGUCAGUAAUGCACUUGUCCCCGUGCCCCCAGCCUCUCUGGCCAUCACCACCAGAAUUCCUCUCCAUGGAGCUAUCCAACCAUUGCCAAAGAUCAAAGCCACCCAGAUCCCCAAAAGUCUCCCUGCUGAGCCUCCAGCCUCCUCUCCUUCCGUUGCUCCCAUCAAAAGCCGCAAUCCUACCCAGAAAAUAGCUCCGCCUUCAUUCACAAAGUCAGCCCCACCCACCCAGAAGCUGGUGCCACCCACUUCCCAUCCAUUUCCUACCAAAAUCUCCCGUCCCGUGGUGAAGCUAAUCCAGAGGAACUCCAUAAUGGCCAGGCCCCCACUACCCAGCGCCCGGCCCCUACCUCCCACCACUGGCUCCUCUAAACAACCCAUUCCCACAGCAGCCCAGACUGAGGCCAAGAUGAGCAACCAUGCCAGCAAGUCAGCCUCUGCCUACAUCAGCACCCACAAACCGCCCCAGCCUACCGUCUUGCCCUCAUCUCCUGUCCCCAGUCCUGGCUCCACCAGGGCUACCCAGCCAGCAGUCACAGCUGUGCCUCCAACAUCACGCACCAGAACUCUCAGCACACGGCUUCCCACCCCAGCUGCUGGUUCACUCCCCGCUAGAAGCAAGAAACUCACUGGAUCAGAAGCUUCAAAGAAAAUCAGAUCCAAGAGCAGCCCCCGGAAGCCCGUGCCUCUCAGGCCUGGGAAGGCAGCCAGGGAUGCCCCGUUGAACGACAUGACCACCAAGCUCAGCCCCAUGCAGUCUCAGCCCCAUCUGCAGACCACCUCGGCCUUGGUAUUGGCCCCAGCACAGUUCCUAUCCUCCAGCCCGCGGCCCACAAGCAGUGGCUAUUCGUUUUUCCACCUAGCAGAACCUACACCUUUUCCUCUGCUGACGGGGCCUCCAGGGCCCAAGGGCGACUGUGGUUUGCCGGGUCCCCCUGGGUUACCUGGGCUACCUGGAUCCCCUGGUGCACGAGGGCCUCGGGGUCCUCCUGGGCCUUAUGGAAAUCCAGGUCUCCCUGGCCCUCCUGGAGCCAAAGGUCAGAAAGGGGACCCGGGGCUCUCACCAGGAAAGGCUCACGAUGGGGCAAAGGGUGACAUAGGCUUGCCUGGGCUCUCCGGGAAUCCAGGACCUCCAGGACGAAAGGGACACAAGGGCUAUCCUGGACCGGCAGGGCACCCUGGAGAACAGGGGCAGCUGGGACCUGAGGGCAGCCCAGGGGCCAAAGGUUACCCUGGCAGGCAGGGGUUACCUGGACCAGUAGGAGACUCCGGCCCCAAAGGCAGCCGGGGCUACAUUGGACUCCCAGGGCUCUUUGGCCUGCCGGGCUCUGAUGGAGAGCGAGGCCUGCCUGGUGUUCCUGGCAAGAGGGGCAAGAUGGGUAUGCCGGGGUUUCCUGGAGUCUUUGGGGAAAGAGGACCUCCAGGACUGGAUGGAAACCCCGGAGAACUGGGCCUGCCAGGGCCCCCAGGAGUCCCUGGCCUCAUUGGUGACUUGGGAGUGUUGGGUCCAAUUGGCUACCCAGGACCCAAGGGCAUGAAGGGACUGAUGGGCAGCGUGGGGGAGCCCGGACUGAAAGGUGAUAAGGGUGAACAAGGGGUUCCAGGUGUGUCAGGAGAUCCUGGAUUCCAAGGAGACAAGGGGAGCCAGGGGUUGCCAGGGUUCCCUGGUGCACGGGGGAAGCCAGGGCCUCUGGGCAAAGUUGGAGACAAAGGAUCUCUUGGGUUUCCUGGGCCCCCUGGACCCGAGGGAUUCCCAGGAGACAUUGGCCCCCCUGGGGACAAUGGCCCAGAAGGCAUAAAGGGUAAUCCUGGAGCUCGAGGCCUGCCGGGACCCUGUGGGCAGCUGGGGCCCGAGGGAGAUGAGGGACCCAUGGGGCCAGCAGGGGCCCCUGGCUUGGAGGGUCAGCCUGGCAGGAAGGGGUUCCCUGGGAGGCCUGGGCUGGAUGGUGCCAAGGGGGAACCAGGAGACCCUGGACGGCCGGGGCCCGUGGGCGAGCAGGGACUUAUGGGAUUCAUUGGUCUGGUCGGGGAGCCAGGAAUCGUGGGAGAAAAGGGUGAUCGCGGCAUGAUGGGACCCCCAGGCGCACCUGGACCCAAGGGGGUGAUGGGUCAUCCUGGAACACCUGGUGAUGUUGGGACCCCUGGAGAGCCUGGACCCCCGGGUCCUCCAGGAUCUCGAGGUCCACCAGGCAUGAAGGGACCAAAGGGACGUCAGGGCCCCCGAGGACCAGACGGACCAGCUGGGGAGCAGGGGUCCAGGGGCCUGAAGGGCCCUCCAGGACCACAGGGCAGACUGGGUCGGCCUGGACAGCAGGGUGUGGCUGGUGAGCGAGGCCACUUGGGCCUGCGUGGCUUUUCUGGCAUCCCAGGUCCUUCGGGCCCCCCAGGCACCAAGGGCCUCCCAGGAGAACCGGGCCCUCAGGGACCCCAGGGGCCAAUCGGGCCUCCAGGAGAGAUGGGACCCACGGGGCCACCGGGUGCAGUGGGAGAACCAGGCCUUCCUGGGGAAGCCGGGAUGAAGGGUGACCUUGGACCCCUGGGCACCCCUGGGGAGCAGGGCCUCCUUGGACAGCGGGGAGAGCCAGGCCUAGAGGGUGACAGCGGCCUCGCAGGGCCUGAUGGACUGAAGGGAGACAGGGGUGACCCAGGGCCUGAUGGCGAACAUGGCGAGAAAGGCCAGGAAGGGCUGAUGGGUGAGGAUGGGCCCCCGGGGCCCCCUGGCAUCACUGGUGUCCGGGGUCCUGAAGGAAAGUCAGGGAAGCUAGGCGAGAAGGGCCGGACUGGAGCCAAGGGUGCCAAGGGCUACCAAGGACAGCUGGCAAUCAGCUGCCUUGAACCUCUGGAACCUGGAAGAGGAGGGGCUGGAGCAGGAGUAGGGGGCUCCAGGGUGCUCCAGGACGGAUGGGGGCCCAAGGAGAACCAGGACUGGCUGGUUACGAUGGGCACAAAGGUAUCAUGGGACCCCUUGGACCUCCUGGACCAAAAGGCGAAAAGGGAGAACAGGGAGAGGAUGGCAAGGCCGAGGGGCCCCCCGGGCGGCCUGGAGAUCGGGGCCCUGUGGGUGAUCGAGGAGACCGUGGGGAACCAGGGGACCCCGGAUACCCUGGACAGGAGGGUGUUCCAGGCCUCCGUGGAAAGACAGGCCAACAGGGGCAACCUGUGGAGAUUGGCCACCCUCCCCGGGAGAGAGUCCUGGGGCUGCCUUGUGUCAUCUCACCUUGGUUUGCAGGGGCAUCCAGGACCCCGGGGGCGGCCGGGACCCAAAGGAUCGAAAGGCGCAGAGGGGCCAAAGGGAAAGCAAGGCAAGGCCGGGGCACCAGGCCGGAGGGGGGUCCAGGGCCUACAGGGGCUGCCAGGACCCCAGGGUGUGGUGGGGAGACAGGGCCCUGAGGGCAUCGCUGGACCAGAUGGGCUUCCUGGCAGGGACGGGCAAGCGGGACAGCAGGGGGAGCAGGGAGAUGACGGGGAUCCCGGCCCCAUGGGCCCUGCUGGGAAGAGAGGAAAUCCAGGUGUGGCCGGCUUACCUGGAGCACAGGGGCCCCCAGGAUUCAAGGGUGAAAGUGGGUUACCAGGACAGCUGGGCCCCCCUGGCAAGCGAGGGACAGAGGGCGGAACAGGGCUUCCUGGGAGCCAGGGGGAGCCUGGAUCCAAAGGCCAGCCAGGCGACUCCGGUGAGAUGGGCUUCCCAGGAAUAGCUGGUCUCUUUGGGCCCAAGGGCCCUCCUGGAGACAUCGGCUUCAAAGGCAUCCAAGGCCCUCGGGGGCCUCCUGGUUUGAUGGGAAAGGAAGGUAUCAUCGGGCCCCUCGGAAUCCUGGGACCUUCUGGACUCCCGGGUCCAAAGGGCGACAAAGGCAGCCGUGGAGACUGGGGUUUGCAAGGUCCGAGGGGUCCUCCUGGCCCAAGAGGGCAGCCCGGCCCCCCGGGUCCUCCAGGGCGUCCUAUCCACUUUCAACAAGAUGACCUUGGGGCAGCUUUCCAGACGUGGAUGGACACCAAUGGAGCACUCAGACCAGAGGGCUACAGCUACCCCGACCGGCUGGUGCUGGACCAGGGAGGGGAGAUCUUUAAAACCUUACACUACCUCAGCAACCUCAUCCAGAGCAUUAAAACACCCCUGGGCACCAAAGAGAACCCCGCCCGCGUGUGCAGGGACCUGAUGGACUGUGAGCAGAAGAUGGCAGAUGGUACCUACUGGGUGGAUCCCAACCUAGGCUGCUCCUCCGACACCAUCGAAGUCUCCUGCAACUUCACACAUGGCGGACAGACAUGCCUCAAGCCCAUCACGACCUCCAAGGUCGAGUUUGCUGUCAGCCGGGUCCAGAUGAAUUUUCUGCACCUGCUCAGCUCCGAGGUGACACAGCAAAUCACCAUCCACUGCCUGAACAUGACCGUGUGGCAGGAGGGCACAGGGCGGACUCCAGCCAAGCAGGCUGUGCGCUUCCGGGCCUGGAAUGGGCAGAUUUUUGAAGCUGGGGGUCAGUUCAGGCCCGAGGUGUCCAUGGACGGCUGCAAGGUCCAGGAUGGCCGCUGGCAUUGGACACUCUUCACCUUCAGGACCCAAGACCCCCAGCAACUGCCCAUUGUUAGUGUGGACAACCUUCCUCCUGCCUCAUCAGGGAAGCAGUACCGCCUUGAAGUUGGACCUGCAUGCUUCCUCUGACCUCUGACCUCUGACUUUCUGGCUCCUCUAGGCCUCAUGGGGGAGGGAAGAGGAGGAGGCAAGGGGAGGAUAUUGAGGGGCCAGUGGCUCCAGGAGAAGCAGCUCCCCUUGCCCAAGGAUUCUUGGGCAGACCCCAGCUGUUGUCUGCCCGGUAGAAGUGGGCGAGAGGGUAGCAGAGGACAGGGUGUCCUUGGGAACAAUGAGUCCCAGCUUAGCCCCAAAGACCAACCAAAGAGCCAGCCAGAGCAAGCUGGACCUGCAACCCGCCUGAGCCCCGUGGCCUGUCUCCCAGCUCUGUGGCCACCCCUUCCCUUCCCAGCUUCCUGCCCAAAGAGCCCCACGUUCAAGCCAACUUGAGGGAAGGGGGUAUCUCGUCAGCUGGUCCCUGCCUGGGAGCUUUUGAUGUGCAAUAUUAGAAAGGAGACAUGAAAAAAGGAGAAAAGGAAAGAAAGAAAGAAAGUAUAUAUAUAUUAUUUAAACAAAGAGAAGGUGUGUUACUAUUUGCUUCACCUGGGAAAGAGGUGAGAGGAUGAGGAGGAGCAGCCAGGAGUGGGAAGAGGCGAGAUCCUCGGGGCUGGGACUGGCCACGUUUGCUACCUCCCACUGUGAAAUCGCUGGUGCUCAUAAUUGUCUCUCAUAGCAUAUGUGAUGUUUUUAAGGAAAAAAAAAAAACCUCUUAUUUAAGAUUCUGAAGGUGCUACCAUUUUUGCCACAGACUUUGAAGAAACUUUUUGAUGUGGGGUAUCAUCCACAUCUUUCUCUAGCCUCCAAAUGACAAAAGUUGGGGGAAUUUUUGAAUUUUCCUAGCAUCACCCUUGUGCUUAUCUGGUAAAACCCAAAAAUGCUAAGGAUGAAGAAAGAAAAGAAAAAAAGAAAAAUGCAAAAAUAAAUAAUAAUAAUAAUAAAUAAAUAAAAAUCUUUAAAAAACAAAACAAAAAAAUCCUACCAGAAACCAGAAGUAGAGAGAUUUACCUUUUAAUUUAUGGACUUUGAAAUGUCUGUCCUUUUGAGGCAGCAGGGAGGCCUGGGUAUGAGGCAUUUUGCAUGGCCUUUCAUGGCCCUGGAGGGAGGUUAGGCUUGCCUUGGGAGGCAUCCUCUGAAGAGGUCCUAGGUGAAGCCUUGACCUUGAAGGAUCCAAUUACAAGAGCAGUGUUGGGUCAAGGCUGGCCUUGGAGUUGGAAUAUAAAUGUCAAACCAUCUCACGAAGCUGCGUCGCAUCUCCAAUGCCCUCACUUCCAGGAUCCCAUCCUUCUAAAUGCCAUCCCUGCUUUUUCAUUGUCAUUAGAUUCUAUAGAAAGCCACUGUCGCUAGCUCCGAGUGUAAAUUUGGGCUGAGGGGAAAGAGUAAUUAUGGGAAUCUCAGAGUUCAACACAAGCCAGUGCCCGAAUUGGAUUUCGAAGUUAUUUUAACUAUGAAAUUAUUUUUAUAGAAGGGGAAAAUUUUAUGUGAAAAUCUCUAUUUGUGUAUUUCUGUCCUAAAGUCAUGUCUCUUCGGGAAUUGGAUUUGAUUUUCAUUAUUUAAUACCUCACUCUGGCCCAGCCCCACUCGGGGACGCUUCCUGUAUUCCUCAUCCUCCGCCCAGCCUGGACGCUGCUGCCCCACACCCUCUCCGUGGAAGUGCGUUCUUGUAGCAGCUUGGGUCUCAGUGCUCUGUCCCCUCCGCCACCACCAGUCUCCUCUGGCCUCUGUCUCAUUUUUGGGUUUUUCUGCUGUCCUCGUUUAUGUCUCUGUCCACGUCGAUGUGUUAAAACCCCGGUGGGUUCCAUUUCUCCUUUUCCCUUCUGGAUUUUAAAUAAAUAUUUAAAACUGAGGCAAUGGA